AUGACAUCGGCCUUGCUAGAUGGCAGGAUGCAGGGUGACAACGGACUGCUAAGCGAUGGUGGGACUGCGCGCGACGAUGGCAAGAUGAGUGACGAUUGGGGUAUCGCCAUGGCAACGAUUAGUGGGAGUGUGGGACUAGGAGCGGGAGGACAAAGGCGACGGUGGGGAAGCCGAGCAGGGUGGCGACGAGUGACGAUUGGCUGA